AUGUUCAUACAAAUUACAAUGAAGAAUGACGAUACCGUACCUAAUUAAGUUACGAAAACUAAUAGUAGCUUUUUAAAAUAGUAAACAAAGUCGUGAUGGUGACAUUGUCAAAGAAAAUUGUGGCGGUACAGACAGACGAGCAAGGAAAUUCCUUGCUUCGAGGCUGGUCAUUAUCAUUUUUGGAGUGCAAGAAGAAGAACCGAGUCGACGACUCAUUCAGCUCCCCGGAUCCGAAUCGGCAACAGCUCCGGCUUGAUAGGCAAAAAAUUCACUCUCACGAGCACGCUUGCAAGCACUUUAGUAACUAAGGCGUGCAAAGCUUUUGUGUAUAAAUGACGCUGUUAACCUUCAUAAAUAUAUCAACUAUUUACAAAGUGCCAACGCUGUUUUAAUCUGCGCUCUAAGCUCUAACUCUGUGAGACGCUUGAGAGCCGGUAGGGUGCGCAUGGCGACACUUCGCUAGGCUCACCGCACAAAUGAAUCCACACAAAAUUAUAACUUGAACUUGAAGUUACCACUUUCAUGUAAUAUGUUACAGAAGAAGCUCUUAUUACUUUUUUUUUUAUUUCGAGUAAUAAGUUUUAAAAAUGUUUAUUGUUCCCAAAUAUGCAGACCUAAAGUAGCUAUCAUAGGAGCUGGCAUUGGUGGGGCCUCAGCAUCUUAUUUUUUAACAGAACUUUUUGAUAAAAAUAUUGAUAUAGAUAUUUUUGAAUCUAAUAUUGUUGGAGGUCGCCUCGCUACUGUAAAGUUUGGAAACAAAGAAUUUGAAGCAGGCGGAGCAAUUAUACAUCCAAGAAACAAAUAUAUGCAAGAUUUUGUUAAAUUACUCAACUUAAACACAACACACUCAAAUGAUCUGCUUAAUGAUGAUCGAUUUGGUAUAUGGAAUGGUAAAGAAUUAGUGGUACAGGAAAGUAACUAUCAAAUCCUUACAUUAAUUAGACUCAUCUAUAGAUAUGGUUUGCAACCCUUUUAUCUACAUAGAUAUGUAGAUUCCAUCAUGGAUGAUUUUGAAAAAAUAUAUUCUCUUCAAGAUAAAGGAAUUGGUUUUGAAAAUGUGACAGCACUUAUAGGUGCUAUGAAUCAAGAAUUUGUUAAUUUGUUGCAAACAUCAAUGAAAGAUCAUCUAAUUAAACUCAAUUACCAUGAAAAGAUUAUAAAUGAAUUAGUUGAAGCUACACUUGUUGUUAAUUAUGGACAGGAUACAAAUGUGCAAUCCUUCGUAGGCUGUGUGUCAGUUGCUGGUGCUGGAACAAACUUGUGGGCAGUGAAUGGUGGAAAUAAACAGGUACCAGAACUUUUGAUUUAUAAGAAUAAACAAAUUUCAUUAAUACAUUCAAUUGUGAAAAGAAUAGACCGUAUUAUUACAGAUAAUACACCAAAAUAUGAAUUAUUUUAUCAUAAAAAAAAUGAGGAUCAACUUACUACUAAAAUAUAUGACAUUGUUAUUAUUGCUGCUCCAAUGACUAGCGAUCAAGAAUCACCUAUAACUUUCAAUAACUUUCAAAAUUCAAAUUUAAAAUUCACGGGAGAUUACCAAGUGACAUAUGCAACGUUCAUUAAAGGAAAUGCUAAUUUUUCUUACUUUGGGUUGGAUGAGGAGAUCAGAGGAAUACUCAGUUGUAAUCCGAAACAAACUAUAAUAAGUUCUAUAUCGAGAUUGUCAUCUGUUGAUAAUAAGCAAAAUAAUCAAAUGAAUAUUUGGAAAAUAUUCAGCCGUGAAAAAAUAAACAAGUCAUUAAUAAAUAAGCUAUUUCGAAACGUUGAUGAAGUCAAGGAAAAGAAAUGGAAAGCAUACCCUAGCUACUCAACUGUUCCAAGACUUGAUAAAUUCAAAAUAGACAACUAUAUGUACUACUUGAAUGCUAUAGAAUGGGCUGCAAGUGCCAUGGAAAUGAGUGCUGUAGGUGGUAGAAAUGUUGCUAUUUUAGCAUUCAAUGACUAUAAAGAAAGAUGUUCAUCUCUAAAAGAGCAUAAAAGCAAUGAUUUCAAUGAAGGCAAUAAUAGCCAUUCAUCAGAGUUAUAAUAUAAAGUUGCUUUAAUACUAAUAUGUGGAAAGUAUUUUUAAAUAGGUUUCAAUUUUAUCUUGAUAUUUCAACUCUAAAAGUGUUGUGAUAAUAAUUUGUAUCAAAAAUUUAUACGUGUAUCAUUUUUACAUAUAUUUUGUAUUAAAAGUGUGCACAUUAUUAAAUUUAAUAUUAUAUACAUAUUUUUUUUAUAUUGAAAAUUGCGAAAAUAUUAAAUUUGUCUUUAUUGAAAUUUAACGUUUCAUUUUGCUUUGAAUUUAUUGUUAUUUAUUAAUCCACAAAUAUAGUCAUAAUCUUCUUGUGCUUUCAGAAAAGCUCUUGUGAUAUUUUCUGUGAUGAUUGCAGUAUAAUUAAAUUGUGAAUUCACACAAAUUAUUUCAGAGUAUAACUAAAGACACCUCUCUUGGUAUGACAAUAUUUGUGAGAGGUAAUUAAUUUGUUAUGAUCUGAAAAAAAGGCUUGUCACUUGGACUUAUAUAUUUUGAGAAAGAUUUUCAUACGCAAAACUGCAAACCCAAAAUUGGUAAAAAUCAGUUUUGAUUAAUAAUGUACAAUAGUCAAUCUAAUUCAAA